GCAGCAAUAGAUUUCUAAUUUCUCAACAGAAACCAAGGAUAACUCCCUCGGCCUUUUGUCUUCCUCUAGUGGGGAGAGCAGCUUAAUUUUUGCUAAGAAUUCAUCAGAAAACCAAGCCACAGCAUUAUACUAAGGUUCAGCACUAACAAGGCAAAAAGAAAGACAAGAGAAGCUUCUAUUAAUUAUUUUACAGUCUUUUUGUUCAGAUGUCAAAUAUUUCAGGUGAUGAAGGAAGCUUCUCCACAGCAAACACUGGUGAAGAAGUUCAUCAAGAAAACAAGCUACAACAACCACUAAACCACCCCCAUGGCUCAAGUUCUGGUGUUCGCAACAGCAAUAGCUCCACUAAUCAACAGCAACAACAAGCAAACAAGAAGAAUAGAAACCUACCUGGAACCCCAGAUCCGAAUGCUGAAGUUAUUGCUUUAUCACCAACCACAUUAAUGGCAACAAAUAGAUUCGUCUGUGAGAUCUGCAACAAAGGGUUUCAGAGGGACCAAAACCUUCAGUUGCACCGCAGAGGUCACAAUCUUCCAUGGAAACUGAGGCAGAGAGGAAGCAAUGAAGUGAAGAAAAGGGUUUACGUGUGCCCUGAGCCAUCAUGCAUCCACCAUAACCCAGCUCGUGCAUUAGGAGACCUCACUGGCAUCAAAAAACAUUACAGCAGAAAACAUGGUGAAAAGAAAUGGAAAUGUGACAAGUGCUCUAAAAGAUAUGCAGUCCAGUCUGAUUGGAAGGCCCACCAGAAAACAUGUGGCACCAGGGAAUACAAAUGUGACUGUGGAACUAUAUUUUCCAGAAGAGACAGUUUUAUCACACACAGAGCCUUUUGUGACGCAUUAACUGAAGAAAAUAGCCGAGUAAACCACUUAUUAACGAGUGGCAUGGCACCAACAACAACCCUGGAAAAUGAAUUGCCGGAUCUUAUUGCCACUACAAUGCCUCUAAGCGCUAGUUCCAACAACAGUACUGUAUCCGAAUUCAACAACAACUACGACACUAAGAGCCCACUCCAAGAGCAUAUUGUCCCAAUGCCAUUCAAGUCCACUAGCAUGGGUGGUGGCAUGUUCUCCAACACCACUUUUUCAGCUGGUACACUCUUUGGUGGUCCAAAAAACAUGUCUCAUCCCUCUUCUUCCACUCUUCAACUCAGCUCCAACAACUCCACUGCUUUCAAUUACUUCCAAGACAGCAAAAACGCUUCUGCCUCAUCUCACAUGUCUGCCACAGCUUUAUUGCAGAAAGCAACACAAAUGGGUGCCACUGCAAGCAAUAACAAUAGCAUUAUUAACUCUCCAACCAUGAUGCAGAAAAGCUUUGUUAGUGCCAUGACUGGUCCUGACCACAACCAUAUUUCUUCCUAUGACCACUUCCAUCAUCCAAACCCUGAUGAUCAAUCUCACAAUAUGGCUGGGAUUAGUAACGCCGGAGCCUUCACCAACCUGUUUUUUCACAAGGGACAACAAGAAAUGUCACUGAUAUUUGAUUCCAACACUAGUGAUAUGGGAAUGUUCGGCCCAAUACUGAUGAAGAACGUGGAGCAAGAGAUUGGUACUGGUUCGAGUUUGGUUCAUGACUUCUUGGGCGUUGGGGAUGCAACUUCAAGGGUGUAUGAACCACAGAAACAACAACAGCAAAGAUUGGAGUUAGAAGCAUUAACCCACCAGAGGUUGCAGAUUAUGAAUCACUUUCACCACCACCUUCCACAUGGGGAUUCUGCUACUAUGGAGAAAUCCAUUUGGGACAUUUGAGAACCGACACAAACUAUAUAUGCCCAGUUUAGACUAAAAGAAAAGAGAAUGUUUCCCUAUGAGUUUCUGAAACUUUGUAAACAUAUAAUGUCUGUAACAGAUUCCUCAGCCAAUUAAUCUUAAUAAUUAA